CCCCAUUUGCACACAGAGCCAAACAAAAGAAACACCCCAUGAUCACAUCUUCCUAAGUUUUCAAACUAUCUCUGCACCUUCAACACGUUUUAAGGGGGUCAGCACUAGCCUGACAUUUAUUUGUGGUAUAUACUGCAGUAUUAGUUAAAAAAGUGUGUCUUUUGUGAGGGAGUGACUGAACGCCUCCUGAUUCAGGCCAGUUUAACUCAGUCUUGGGAUCCGACUGCAGCUCUGGGAAUCUGCCACAGGCAUGCCUUUCCUUUGAGGCCAGACCUUCUCCAGCCUGGAUGGAUCAGACAGCGAGGAGGCUGCUGAGCAAAACGUCUCCACCACCACUACAGUUGGAUGUCUCGCAUUGUGGCUCUGUUUGGAAACACCACUGAAGUUUGAAACUGCAUCUGCCGAACUUGAACAAUGUGCAUCGGUUGGCGUGGGGGUGCGAGGAUGCUGAUAGGCUUGUGUGGACUAUUUGUCCUGAAGGUCACCGGCUGUGCUGGACAGACCUAUGAACGCUGGGAGGCCGGUUCCUCGUGCUACGGAGGGUUUGAUCUCUACUUUGUGCUGGACAAAUCUGGAAGUGUCCAGCACCACUGGAAUGAGAUCUACUAUUUUGUUGAUCAUCUUGCACACAAAUUCAUCAGUCCGCAGCUCCGCAUGUCCUUCAUAGUGUUUUCAACAGAGGGAAGGAUCCUAAUGAAACUGACAGAGGACAGGGAUCAGAUCCGUGCCGGCCUGGAGGAGCUUCAGGGAGUGUUGCCAGGUGGAGACACAUUCAUGCACAAAGGCUUUCAAAGGGCGAGUGAACAGAUCUACUAUGGCACAGGUGAUGGAUAUCGCACAGCGAGUGUCAUCAUUGCUCUAACAGAUGGAGAAUUGCGCGAGAAUGAAUUUGACUUGGCAGCCAGAGAGGCCGGACGCUCGCGGCAGCUGGGAGCUUCUGUCUACUGUGUCGGAGUGAAGGACUUUAAUGAAACCCAGCUGGCGACGAUAGCCGACAGUAAAGAUCAUGUUUUUCCGGUGUAUGAUGGUUUUGAAGCUCUGCAAGGAGUCCUUGAUUCGAUCCUGAAGAGGUCAUGCAUCGAGAUCCUUGCAGUGGAACCAUCAAGCAUUUGUGCCGGAGAAUCCUUCGAGGUGGUCGUCAAAGGCAACGGAUUCCUUCACGCUCGUGAUGUGAAUCGAAUUCUUUGCAGCUUCCGCAUCAACAACACCAUCACCGUGAUGAAGAGACCUCUGGUAGUUAAGGACACGUACCUGCUCUGCCCAGCGCCUGUACUGAAGGAGAAAGGAACAUCUGCCACUCUCCAUGUCAGUAUGAACAACGGCCUGAGUUUUAUCUCCAGUUCUGUGACCAUCACAACCGUGACCUGUACUGAUGGAACCUUCUUGGCCAUAGCGCUGCUCAUACUUAUGCUGCUGAUCGCCAUGGCGAUACUUUGGUGGUUUUGGCCCCUCUGCUGUACCGUGAUUGUCCACGAGCCACCACCACCACCUGUGAUGGAAGACAGUUCGGAUGAAGAGGAUGACGGCUAUCCAAAGAAAAAGUGGCCGACAGUGGACGCGUCAUAUUAUGGUGGCAGAGGAGUUGGCGGCAUUAAAAGAAUGGAAGUGCGCUGGGGAGAUAAGGGGUCCACUGAAGAAGGAGCCAAACUGGAGAAAGCCAAGAAUGCUCGAGUGCAGAUGCCAGAGCAGGAGUUUGAGUUUCCAUGCACACGGACCCUGAACAACGGCAUGCGGAAGCCCAUCUACCCUCAGAAGUGGUACUCGCCGAUCAAGGGUAAACUGGACGCCCUGUGGGUGUGGCUUAGGAGAGGAUACGACCGUGUAUCAGUGAUGCGGCCUCAACCUGGAGACAAGGGUCGCUGUCUGAAAUUUACCCUCAUGAAAUCCUGCCCGGCCCCUCAAUACCCACAUUACAACAACCCCUCGACUCACAUCUACAGCCUUCCCCACAGCAGAUGCCCCCCUGUCCCACAGGGCACCCUGCCGCCCACUCCACGCUGCUCCGCCCACUCUCCAACCUCCACCCUCCCACCAUUGCCUUCCACUCCGCCCCCAUCAUCUAUCACCCCUCCCCCUUACACUCCACCUCCAACCAAUCUGAGCAUCAGUGUGACUUUACCUCCUCCCUCUCCACCACCACCAGCACCCUCAUCCUCCAGCACCCUGCCUCCACCCCCUCUUGCUGCUCCGCCCGGACGAGCCCCGCCUCCUUCUCGUCCACCACCACGCCCAGGUGUUGAUGUUCCUGACCUUCCCUAAAGAGGAACCGCAGUUGUUUAAUUAGGAAUGAGCAGAUGAUUGCUGCACCAAGACUUUUCAAAAACGAAAAGUGUGAAUCGAGGCAUUCGGCAUGUAUCUGACAUUGUGUCAACUUAACGCUGAUGGAUGUCAUAGAUAUGAAAGACCUAGCGACUGUUGCUAAUUACCACCACCAUAUUCAAGCACAUCCAUCAUUUCAGAAGACAAUGCACACAUGCAAGAAAAAGAAGUCACUUUUAUAAUGAUUUAGUAGUUUAAUCGGUUUAAUCUUGUUAUUUAGUAAAAAAACUGAACAUUUCAAAAAGAUUCUGACCUGGAAGAAGCUUCAUCCUUUUUUAUAUCUUUUGCUGGUUCUUACACCCAUUGGCAGUGUUACUUUUGACUAUACUGUAUGUGCACUUCAUUGUUGCCCUUCCUAAUUCAGACCGCUAGUGACUAGCUCAUUCAUUUUAACGGAAACUUGGCGACUUCUGGGACCCGACUGUUGGCGACAGGAAGCGGACGUGUCAAAAGUUUAACUUUACGACUUUCGUGGGAGACUACCAAUCACGUUAUCUGUCUCUCGUCAGUUAUGCUACGCUCACACUAGACUUUAAGCAUGCGAGUAUUUGUCAGACGUUGCUGCAGGGAUUGGACGGGGAGUAGCUCAUCAAUAUAAUAUUUGUGCUUCUUCAGGUCAGAGAUCACCAGACUUGAACUUUGCUACGCAGCGACCUGCAACAUAUCGCCACACGAGCUUGCGUUUCCGGUCUGAUGCAUUCUCAUGCGUUUGAAUGGAAGACGAAAAGUCUAGUGUGACCGCAGCUUUACUGCAGUGGAUGGCACUUGUUUGUUUAUGACCACCAAAAUUAGGAACGCCUCCUAAGGACAACAUUGACAGAAACUUGAGGGAAAAACUCUUUAACCCCUUAGCAUUCCUAAAAAACUCCUUAAAAUGACACAAAUUGUUACUGCUGUGUUGAUUGUAUCUUAAAAGGGUUUACAUCAUUCGAAUCACAAGAAUCUCAGCUUUCCAAAGAUAUAUGACAUGUUUAGGUAUUUGUUUUUGAGUUUUCAUGAAGUUUCUGUCAAAUAAUGCAGUAGGGGGUCAAUAUGUAUAUAUGGUUGCUUUGCAAACAUUGAGUUUAUAUUAUAGUUACAGUUUGAUCGUUUUAAUUUCAAGCACUUUCUGUAUUUUGUUUGGAAGUUUCUUGUGUUUAUUAAGGAUGUUCAAUGUCAAUCUGGAGAUCCCUUGAACGAUGAGCAUGUUUGUACACGCUUUAAAUAAAUUUCUACUUCUGCGUCA